CAGCCAUAGAGCGCGCGCGUCUGGCGUUCGGAUUUCAAAUUUACGCGCGUAGAAAAAAUAUAUCAUCGGGACAUGUGACUGGAUUUUGAAAACACUGGCCGGAAUUUUUGUCUGUGAAUUUUAAAAGAAAGUGAUUGUUAUUAUUUAUGGUGGUUUAAAAACCAAGUGUUUGUUUUCUUUUUUGGCGAAAAGUUGUGUUUUGUUUCGGAAGUAGGUACAGUGUUGUGGUUUUGAAAAGCACUUUUUUGUGUGUUUUCAUUUGGAAGUGGUUAAUUUUUGACACAGUGUUUACGGUUUUGCGGUCCGCUGCGGACAAAAAGAUGCCCUGAUGAUGCCGUGAGCUGCAGCUAGAGGGUCAGCGAUGGCGUGCACUCGCGCCUGUCUCAUCCUGGCCAUAGCUGCCUUACUGGUCCCCAGUUACGCGGCGCACCGCCACGGCCACGACCUCUCCACAGAGGAGCCGCAGCACGACAACAACGGCACCAGCUUCCACAGCAAGGAGCACUCCGGCGGCUGGUCGCAGUGGAGCGAAUGGUCGCUGUGCUCGAGGACUUGCGAUGGAGGCGUGUCGAGGCAGCUGCGGACGUGUAGCAACGCGGCUGGAUGCCGGGGCGAGCCAGUGCGGUAUAACAUCUGUAAUAUGCAGCCCUGCCGCGGCGGAGGCAACAUAACCCUCCUAGAAGACGAUACCUGGCGCUCCCAGCAGUGCGCGGCCCAUGACGACGUCCCUUACGGAGGGGAGCUAUUUCACUGGAAAGCGCAUAGAGACGAUGCGGAGCCGUGCGCGCUGACGUGUCGGGGUAUACCGAGGCAUCUGGGGCACGAGGCGCAUCCGACCACGGCGCUGGACCAGGACGACGAACGCGUGGUGGUGGCGGUGCUCGCCGCGCGGGUGUCGGACGGCACUCGCUGCCGCCCUGGUAGCUUGGACAUGUGCAUCGAUGGGCGGUGUCAGCGAGUAGGCUGCGACCUGCGCGUCGGUUCAACCCGUCGCGUGGACGAGUGCGGCGUGUGCGGCGGCGACGGGUCCACGUGCGCGCGCCCGCGGUACCACUGGCUGCCUACUGCGGCCUCAUUAUGUGGAGCCACUUGCGGUGGAGGUUAUAAGAUGACGCUAGCCGUGUGUCGCGACCGGCUCACGGGCUCCGACGCACCCGAGGAACUCUGUGACGCAUCCAGCAAGCCUCAAGCAAGCGUGGUGAGGUGCAACACGCAUCCUUGUCCUUACAAAUGGUACGUAGGAGAGUGGUCGUCUUGCCCAGUGUCGUGCGGCGGCGGCGUGCGCACGCGCAGGGUGGUCUGUGCCAGGUCCGCUAACGUCACGCAGGCGGAUACUUAUGAACCUGGUCGAGGCUCGGAGCCCGGCUGCGUGUCUCCAGCGCCGCGCGCGACGCAGCCCUGCAACCAGCAGCCCUGCCCGCGCUGGGUCGCCGGACACUGGUCUGGGUGCUCCGUCUCCUGCGGCGAAGGAGUCCAGGUCCGUGGCGUGGAGUGCGCGCCCCCCGGCGGCGGCUGCGACCCCGAGGAGAGGCCGGAGAUCAGCCGGCCCUGCUUCGUGGGCAUCAGCUGCCCGACUUACAGGGAGGAGGGGGAGAGCCAGUCUGAGCAGCAAGACGACAUAGAGGACCUGAUCCCAGGAGUAGUGUACCACACGCAGCCCCUCAUCCAGCAGUACCCGCCGCCGCAGCCGAAGACUGAGCGGCUGAUCGGAGAACCUGACGUGCCGGUUGAAGCUACCUACAUAAAAGACGAUGAAUGGGGACCCUGCAGCGUUACUUGCGGAGAAGGAUGGCGUAAGAAAGAGGUUCACUGCAAGAUCUUUCUAGAGUUCAGCAGAACUAUCGCUAAACUCCCUGAUGGAAAGUGUUUGGGACCAAAGCCUCCUGAAGAUACAGAGAGAUGUGUGAUGGAACCUUGCUCAAUGGCGUACGGAAGCUCAUUUGGGGAUUCCAGUGCUCCGGUUUACAAUAGCGACAGCAGGUCUCUCACCUACGGCACAUCGAGCAACAUCCGCGUGGCGCCCGGCGCGCCCGGCAAGAGCUACUCCUGGAAGGAGAAGGGAUAUACUAGCUGCAGUGCUUCUUGUCUUAGUGGCGUCCAGGAACUGAUAAUUCAGUGCGUCAGAGACGAAGACGGCAAGAACGCGUCCCCAUACAUGUGUGACCCGCUGACUAAACCAGAGAACCGAGUGCGGACGUGCAAUGACCACCCUUGCCCUCCAAGGUGGAACUACACAGAUUUCUCCCAAUGCACCAAGUCUUGCGGCAUUGGGAUACAAACACGAGAAGUGACUUGCAUUCACGAGGUGACCCGCGGCGGCACCAACACGGUGGUGGUGCCCAACUCGAUGUGUCCGCAGCCGCCGCCGCCGGACCGGCAGUACUGCAACGUGCUGGACUGCCCCGUGCGCUGGCACGCCGCCGACUGGACCAAGUGCUCCAAGACUUGCGGCGGGGGCGUCAAGCAGAGGGCGGUGGAAUGCAAACAAAUAAUGGCGCAGUCCCACGUGGUAGAACGUCCCGACUCGAUGUGCGGCGCGCCUAAACCCGCCUCCACUAAGGCCUGCAACAGCCGCCCGUGCCUACUAGACACGGCCUCACCGGAGAUAGGCCUGGCUAACUCGAGUUAUAUACAGCAUGAUCCGAAGAAGAAGAAGGUAACAGUGAAAGUAGGCGGCUCAGCUACAAUAUUCUACGGAACUCAAGUGAAGAUAAAGUGUCCAGUCAAAGGAUACAAUCGAACGAAGAUACAGUGGGCCAAAGAUCAUCAGAUCAUCACCAAAUCCAAGAAAUACAAGAUUUCGAAGAAGGGCGCUCUCCGCAUCACGUCCCUCUCUCUCCGGGACCACGGAGUCUACACCUGCGUGGCGGGGCGGUCCAGCGCCAACCUCACUCUGGUGGUGAAGCCUCGGCCGGGAGAGUUUCCUUCGAGUGAAGAGAUUGAGAGGCAUAAUAAAGCGUUGGAUGAGCCGUCGUCGCCGUUGGCUGAUAGUAGGACGGACGGCCGGUACCGCGCCAUUGUGGGCGACGACCAGUCCCACGAGCAGCGUCCCGGAGACCAGCGGAAGAACUACAACAAGAACCGACAGAAAGGUAAAAUAGACAAAGUGAGAGACGCAAUGUAUGGCAACACCGCCACUACUAGUACCAAGCCAGCCACCAACUACAACUCACAGGGACGCGACAUCUAUGAUGAAAAUGAGGAGACUGUUAUUUCGUCCAAACAGCUACCACCGAAAAGGAACACCGGUUCUAGACUGCUCCCCUGCCUACAUUUCUUAGUAGUUCAACUUCAGAUGUUUUGGAAUUUCCAGACCUUCGGCACCAACUCAAGAGGGCAACGAAUGGCAGAUCCUCUCCUUCUUUACCAGAAAUAUGGAACACCAAUGAAAGGGCAAGUCAUGAAUUUUGAAGAUAAACAAAUUGUUUUUCCCGAGGAUGACGACUCUGAUAUAAUAAUUGUAAAUGAAGACAUCAGUAGAAACACAAUAGAUUCUAGCGAGAACAAGAUUAGCAAGGAUUACGUUGAUGACAUCGAUCGACAGUUGGAUCCAGAAACGACUGUUUUUACAACAACAAACACCAGUUUUAGUACCGUAAAACCAAAACUAAACGGUUCAGAAGAAUACGUCUGGCAUACUAUCGAGUGGUCUCCCUGCAAUGCUCCGUGCGGACAAGUUGGACAUCAAGUUAGAGGUGCAGUCUGUCAGCACAAGACCCACAACACGACAACGACAGUGGAGACACAGGAGUGCUUGUGCCGUGGCGUGGCGCCUCCAGAUGUGAUCAGGGAAUGCUCGAGGAAUGCCUGUGCUACUUGGAGGACCACAAACUGGUCUCAGCCUCGGUGCCUGCCUGGUGGGAGUGCCGUGUCCCGUCGCCGCGUCGAAUGCGUCAGCAGCCAGGGCGUGGUCCCGGACUCGGAGUGCGCCCCCGACCAGCGGCCCGAGGCGCAGCGGCGCGAGGCCAGCGCGUGUAGACCUGCCUGGCAUGCCACGCCUUGGAGCAAGUGCAUAGGCGCGUGCGGCACGGGGCGGCAACACCGCUCUCUCCGCUGUGUGUGGCGCUUCCCAUCCAGCAGUACCAUUAAACGGCGUAAGGAGCGCAGCGCUGCAGCGGCUUGUGAGGGGCUGAGGCGGCCCAAGGUCAGCCGCGAGUGCUAUGUGACGGCCUGUGAUGGGGGCAAAGAUGGCGUCUGCAGGGAUUCGUCAAAAUACUGCGAGAAUGUUCGAGCGAUGAACAUGUGUGCGCUGCGCCGCUACAAGCAGAGAUGCUGCAAGUCCUGCGCAGACUAAACUCAAAAAUCGAACGAGUAUUCGA